AUGCUGCCCCGCAUCGUCGGCGUCGGCGUCACGCCACUGUCGCAGGGCGCAGCCGGGGCAGCUGCGCCGACGCCGACCGCGCUCAUCCUGCAAGCGCUGCGGCUCGCCCUCGCUGACGCGGGCGGCGGCGCCACCAGCGCCAGCCGCGGCCUGCAGCUGUCCGACCUGGACGGCUUGAUCGCGCUGCCGAGCCUCAUGGGCAGCGAGCAGUUCAUGAUGGCCCACGCGGUCGCGGGCGCCGCCGGGCUCUUUGAGGCGCGGCAAGGGCGGCGGACGAUCGUCAGGACCCUCGACGUGGGCGGUGCCGGGCCGGUCGCAGCGCUGCUGAUGGCGGCCCGGAUGGUGGCUCAUGAGGGCUGCGGCUCGGUGGCUGUUGUCGCCGGCGACACCCCAGGCUCGGCCACGCUGGAAGAAUUCCUGGCCCGCGCCGACGCCGCCUGCCGCCUGCCUGGCCCCGAGCCCCUGACUCGGGCAGCCGCCACACCGGCGCUUGCCAGCCGAGCCAGCCGCAGCGGCGGCCUCGCUGGCGGCAGCGGCAGCAGCAAAAGUGCCGACACCAGCGGCGGCGGCGGCAGCGGGGUGGCGGCAGCGGCGGACCAGUGGACGGUGCCGUCACCCGUUAUCCCCAACCUGUACGACGUCAUCGCCAGGUGGCAGAUGGCGCGGCAUGGCGUCACCCGCGAGCAACUGGCCAUGGUGGCUUCAUUGAUGACUCUGCAGGCGUCCCGCCACCCCUUGGCGCUGCAGAGGCGGCCGCGCACGGUGAAGCAAGUUCUGUCUUCCCGGCAGGUGGCGCCCGUCGCCACCGCCCUCGAGUGCGCCAAGCGCGUCGACGGUGCGGCGGCCAUCAUUGUGGCGUCGCCCGCCUUUGCGCGGCAGCACGGGCUGCCUGAAGCCAGGGCUGUUGAGGUGCUGGGCGGCGGGGAAGCUUCCGGCCCGCCGGUGCCGCCGGCUGACAUCACCGACACAAUGUACGCCUCGGCAGCUCAGGCAGCGGCGGCUGCGUUUGCAGAUGCCGGCGUGGCGCCCGGCCAGGUGCACUACUGGUCCCUGUAUGACUGCUUCCCGGUGUGCUUUAUCAGGGCGCUAGAAGCGGUGGGGCUGGCGCCGGAGGGCGGUGGCGGGCGGUACGUCGAGCGCGCCUACAAAGCAGCCGCCAGCGGCGACGGCGGCGCCGCCGCGAGGGCAGGCGGCGAAGGGCAGCACGGCUUGCAAGCGCUGCCGCCGCAAGAUUUCCCCAUCAACACACACGGCGGCCUGCUGGGGCUGGGGGCCCCUUGGGAGGUCCCUGCCAUGCACGGCAUCGCAGAAGCCGUCUCGCAGCUGCGGGGCGACGCAGGCGACCGGCAGGUGCCCGGCGCGCGGCGCGCGCUGGUCUACGGCAACGGCGGCAUCCUGAGCGCAUCCGCAGUCGCGAUUUUGGGGCGCUGCAACGCACCCUCUGCCAAGUUGUGA